AUGCUUAUGAAAGGUUGUGAUUUCCCUACAAGGAUCAGUCAAGUCCCAAGCUCUAUUGGAGCACUCGUAAAUCUUGAGUGCUUGGCCAUUUGUGGAGCUUCCCAGCUAACGGUACUUCCCGACUCAAUUGGAAUGUUGAAAUGUUUAGCUGAGUUGGAUGUCUCAAGCACAGGUAUUGCAAAAUUGCCAAAUACCAUUAUCAAUCUGAAGAGCUUGAAAGCAUUGAAUAUGAGCCGAAGUUAUAUUAAAAAGUUGCCUGAGGCAAUUGGGAUGUUAGAGAAACUUGAAGAGAUUUAUGGAAUGGAUUGCAAUUGGCUAGAGACCAUCCCUGGUGAUAUCGCGAAACUACCAUUCUUGAAGAAUUUGAUAUUAACAAAAACUCGUGUGAAGAAUAUACCAAAGCUUCCCCAGAGUUUGGUAUGCCUAUGUCUGUCCUCAAGAGCCUCAGAAAAAGCUCCAGAUAUCUCCAACCUCAUGAGUUUAAGAAGUUUGGAGUUAUGUUUUAGCAUCUCAACCUUUAACGUAAGCUGUACUCAAAUAUGGCACCUCAGGACAUCAAUGCCUCACUUGCGCAAUUUAGCAAAAGCGAGAACUGAUACCGCAUGUUUUGUGCUGGAACUCAUCAAUUGCAAGAACUUGCGUCAAAUUGGACAACUUCCCUCUAGUUUGACGGAAUUUAAGGUUGACAACUGCAAUCUUCUUGAAGUUGUGGACCUUUCCAACUUAUCUAACUUCCAGAAUCUCAAGGCCCUUCGAGUACGGGACUGUCUGAAACUAGUCGAGAUUCAAGGUCUUGACCAACUGGAGUCACUAGAGAUUCUUGUAAUCAAACGCUGCAGUUCCUGGCUACGCUUACCUGAUCUAUCCAACUGGAAGAAGCUGAAGGAGUGGGACGUUGAUGCUCUUACGACAUAUUCAGCGAGGGGAAAACGAGUAACUCAUAGCGAAGAUCGUACCAUAGAUCUUGUACGCUCGUACUUGGAAAGAGCCUGUAAUCCUGAAUUGAGGCUCUGA